AUGACAAGAGCAGUUACUCUGAUGAGGGAUCAACAGCAGUAUGGCGAGCAGCGAGAUGGGCACCCGUGGGGAAUUACUGCACUCGGUGCAGACCUAGUUUCUCUCCAACAGUACGAUGUGAGCAUAUCGCUAAAACUGCCACGGACUCCGGAAAACCUUGCUGCGGGAAAUUUCAUGCUUGAUUUAGCAUUGCUUUCUCCUCCCCAGAGCUCAAUGAUGGGUGCAAAUACUUCCACAUCACUGAUAGCGCAUUCAAGGCGCCCGGCGAUUCUCACAUAUACUUCUCCACUUAUGGACACGGCGCAUACGCUGGCUCGUAUGCCACUCUACUUGAUUGGCUGGCAGCGAGAAGCAGAGACUUUGCAUGUUCCAAUGUUUGAGAAUAUUGAAUUUGCAAGAGGCUGGCGUAACGUCCCUGGUAGCCUGAGACUAGAGAUUCAAAGUCGAGAGCAAAUGCAGGUAUAUGACGUGGAGGUCAGAUUUCUAGCCAAGUUUAGUGGCUUAAGGUGGUUGAUGUACAGGUGGAGGCUUCUCUCAUUCUUUACUUUUACUUCCAUGUUCUGGUCCGUUUCUAUGAUUACCAGCACUAUCGUGUGGCUACUACUUUCACAGUACUGGGGGUCGAGGGUCGAGGGAGAUCGCCGGAUGAAGAGCGAGAAGACGGAGGAUGGCGAUACACCUAUCAAAGAGGAGUACGAUGAGGCAUCGAUCAAGAACGAAGACGAUGCAGCCAGGCAAGAAGAAAUCGAGCAGACAACUAAUAUAGCUCCACUUAACAACGAAACGGAGGAGGCGGAAUCGAUCAGAGCGAUCCGUUAUGACAGCGAUUCAGGGCGGGGGACAGCAUUUGACGGCUACAAUAUCCUGGGAGCCCAGCGUCGCCGCAGUCACAUGUCUGACUUGCCAGAAUCAUGA